AUGCAAAAUUUUGAGACUGUAGAGGUUGUAAGUCCAACUGUUGAUUAUUUAAUAAUAAAAUGUGCACAAAAUCUUUAUGAACAUUACUUAUAUGAAAAAGAACCUGGAUAUAAUUGUGAAGUGAUAGCUAAUUGGCAGUGUGGAGUUGUAUAAUAGGAAUUCUUAGUAUGUAAAAUAAAUAACAAUAAUAGCCAUUUGAUCAUGGGGAAUCUAAAUAUGCUAUUUUAAAUAAAUGGAUAGACGAAGAUGAACCUGUACUCAAUUAUUUAUAAUGUCGUAGCAUUUUAAAACGAUUGAUAAUUUGACUGCCAAGGGAGUUAAAAUUGUUAAGUUAUAACAGCCAUCAACAGGACAAGAAACAUUUGAUGACGCUAGAUCCUCAAAAAGCCAAUCUUCAUCAAGAUUCUCUAGAAACUCAAUUGCGAAGUUCUAACAUUCUGUAAGCAAAAUGAAGCUUCUAAACAAAAUGGGUGGAUCUUCUCAAUAGAUUACAACUUUUUAAUCGGCAAUUCAAGAGGAAUACAAACCCAACCUAAUAAAAAUGCCCGAGACCAAAAAGCCUCCAACUCCAGAUGCCAUAAUAGAGCGACUUCGUGAAUAGAGAGAAUAUUAAGAACUAGACAAAUAGAAAGAGAAUGAAAGAAUGCGUAAAAUUAAGGAGGAGUAAAUCGAAUAAGAGGAGAAAAAGAAGGAGCAAUUGAAAUAAUUGAAAAAUAAGCAAUACACAUAUGAUUAUGAUGGUUAAGUAGUGUUUCUAACAACAAAGUACAUAUCUCUAAUAUAUAUAGGCCUGUAGAUUUACAGAUAAAUGAAAUACUUUAACCAGAAACAAAAACUAAUUAACCUUAGAGGAUAAUGAAGGAAGUGAAUUCGUAACCUGAAAUCAAACCAGUUAAAGAAGCGUUCGCCAAAGGAGACGAAGACAAUAAGAGACUUGAAAAAGCAGCAGCAAUCGAAUACCCAAAAUAACCUCCUUUAAUUGAAGCAAUGAANUAUUCAAAAUUAAUUUAUUUAUUUACUAUGAAUUUCUUCCCUAUCACAAUCGACGAAUAUGAAGUCCUUUUCAUAUCAAACUUAUUUUACAAAAAAUAAAAUUGA